AUGAACUCACAAUGUUCAAAAUGUAAAGCAGCAAUGAAGAAAUAUAACUACUCCGUCAAAGAGAUAGAACGUAUGCGAAAAGACUAUACUGACUUAAAGAAAGAAGCAGAGAAACCAGCAGAAGAUAAAAUGGACAUGUUGACAUUUCUGAACAAAAACUAUCCAACUGCUGACGAUUUCCUUCUAUCUGACGUCAAGAAGAAGUACAAAGAAACUUUCGGUAUCGUUAAAACUUUUGAUAUCCUUCGUGAAGAAAUAGAAGCUACAAAACUGUUUAAAGUCAUGAACCAUCACAACAUAUACCAUGUAAAACGCUUGUGA